UAGGCAGGUAUGCGAGAAGAACGGGAAACAUUUUAGGAGUCCGUCACAACAUUUUGUUCCUUAGUCGGUUCCCCGUGAAAAACACGAAACAGCUCGACUCGGUCAAAGGUUCUCGCGUAAACGAAACAGACAGCCGUCGUAAAAGUCGCGGUUUUUGAUCCAACGGAGAGAUAUUCGCGUUUAAAUCGGGAAUCGAGAGCGAGGUUUGGGCGUGUUUGAAGAGCUGGAGAGAGACAGACUGCCUCCUCCUCACCCUCACUGGAUGCUAGCGCCGUAGCCCCUUGCAUGUCGUUGCAGUCUUAGUUUUCAAGUUCUGUCACUGUCCGCGGUUAUUUGUAUUUAUUCGGAGAUCAAGAAGAUGGGAUGUACUCUGAGCACGGACGACAAGGCGGCGCAGGAGCGGAGCAAGAUGAUCGACAGAAACCUGCGGGACGACGGAGAAAAGGCUGCUCGGGAGGUCAAGCUGCUCCUGCUGGGCGCUGGGGAAUCUGGGAAAAGCACAAUUGUUAAACAAAUGAAGAUCAUCCAUGAAGCAGGUUACUCAGAGGAGGAGUGUAAGCAGUACAAGGCCGUGGUGUUCAGCAACACUAUCCAGUCCAUCGUCGCCAUCAUCAGAGCCAUGGGACGCCUCAAGGUCGACUUUGCUGAUCAAGGCCGAGUGGACGACGCUCGGCAGCUGUUCACUCUGGCGGGUUCAGCAGAAGAGGGCUUCAUGACCGCUGAACUGGCCGGAGCGAUUCAGCGGCUGUGGAAAGACGGAGGUGUUCAGGCCUGCUUCAGCCGCUCGCGGGAGUACCAGCUCAACGACUCAGCAUCCUAUUACCUAAAUGAUUUGGACAGGAUAUCCAACCCUGCUUACGUCCCCACCCAGCAGGACGUGUUGAGGACCAGGGUUAAAACUACUGGUAUUGUGGAGACACACUUUACCUUUAAGGACCUGCACUUCAAAAUGUUUGACGUAGGUGGACAAAGGUCGGAGAGGAAGAAGUGGAUCCAUUGUUUUGAAGGAGUCACUGCCAUCAUCUUCUGUGUGGCUCUGAGCGACUAUGACCUGAUGCUGGCUGAAGACGAAGAAAUGAACCGAAUGCACGAGAGCAUGAAGCUGUUCGACUCCAUCUGCAACAACAAGUGGUUUACAGACACCUCCAUCAUCCUCUUCCUCAACAAGAAAGAUCUGUUCGAGGAGAAGAUCAAAAAGAGCCCACUCACAAUCUGCUACCCAGAAUAUGCAGGCUCCAACACCUAUGAAGAGGCUGCAGCUUAUGUACAGUGCCAGUUUGAGGACCUGAACAAAAGAAAGGACACCAAGGAGAUCUACACCCAUUUCACAUGUGCCACCGACACCAAGAACGUGCAGUUUGUGUUCGAUGCCGUCACCGACGUCAUCAUCAAGAACAACCUGAAGGACUGUGGCCUUUUCUGAAGGCAGAAGUGACUUUAUUGAAGUGGAGUCUGAGUGGAGGAACCCUUGUGGACCCUGCUGAGAAUGUCACCUUUAACCUCUUAUUAACUUACAGUCAUCUCUGAAGUGUGUAGGGAAAACAUUUUGUGUAAAAUAUUUGUACAACAGUCUAUGGCCAGGAAUUUUUAGGAGUUUUUAAAAUGUGUUUUAUCAUAAUUUAAUUUUUUUUUUUUAAUAAAUAUACAUGAAGGGGAUUUUCUUUGUCCAUAAAUGAACACUUUUUUUUGUUUGUAGCUGUUCUUGCCUUGCAUGCCUUAGUUACGUUUUUUUUUUUGUUGUUGUUUGUCAAAUUAGGUUACAUGUAGUUGCCACCAUCCAACUUUCCAACAAGUCCCCUGAUUUCACAUUAUCUGUUUCUUUCCCAAAACUCAAUUUUUGCUUAAUUUUUGUCUUCUCCAACUACAAAACAAGCAAGACCAAGUCACUCUGCAGACCAGUUCACUCUGACGCUGACAAACUGUGAGAGCUGUGUGGAAACGUGUGUGUGUGUGUGUGUGUGUGUGUGUGUGUGCGCGCGCGCGAGAGAGAGUUUUGUUUUGACUGAAGCCAAACGCCUGUUGGAGUGACUGCGUGAGCGAGUGUGAGCACAAUAUAAACAAAAAGGGACUUUUAUUCCUCUACUUGUCAUCCUCUUUCAAAGUUUUAUUUUUCUAAGAAACCAAAAAAGAAGCUAAUUGCGACAUUGAAGAGUGCACAAACAAACAUUCCUGGGUAGAAAAUGAAGGCAGGAGGCUUUGAAACGAGGAUGGCAGCGGUGGCCUUGUAGCAGAUUGUAGAUCUGUGUGUAGGUCUGUGUUCAGUGUGUAGACGGGCAUCUGGCUGGGUACAAGUGCACUGGUAUCAAUUAGAACCUGUGAUGGUUUCAAGUUGCAUAUCUCCCCCAUUAAACUCCCCCAUCCCUUUGUUUCCAGUGGAUGGGGACAUUAGUGAACUAAUCUUCAUGAUUUUGCUAAUAAAAGAGUUGUGGUCAAACCAUGGCAACUUGCACAACAAA